GAGGGAUAAUUGCUGCCUCGAAAAACCAAUUCUUGACGAAACGGUUCGAAAUUAAUGAACCAAAUGAAACCCCAAUAGCUAUUUCAUUUGUUGGUAAUGGUGAACAAUCUGUAGACCUCAAUAUGGUUCAAGAGAUAAACAUUGAGAUGCAGUCCUGGUUCCUCCAAUUUCAUCUUUCACCUAAGGCCCAUGAGGCAGCAGCAAAGAUUCAAAUCUGGUUCCGACAAAAGUCUCGCAAGUCCUGUCAUGAUCAAACUCUGGACAGGAUUUACAACGAAAUGCUCGGCUUCUGUAGAAAUUCAUUGCACUGGAAAGCUGAUGUAAGACAAAAAGGAAAAAGGACAGCGCUUAAAUACAGUAUUUUGUUGAAAGGUCUGACAGUAGACAUAGUUGUAAAAUUAACUAAACUGCAAAAUGAAAUGGGCGAAAUGAAAUACAAGUUGAAAAAAGCAAUUGAAAAUUGCUAUAUGGAUAAU